AUGGACGUCCCCGUUCCGGCUCAUCGCCCACCCGACGCCGCCUCCAUCGCCUCCGAGCAGACCUGCGCUCUCUUAGAGCAGAAGUACUCCUCUCUCUACUCCGACUUCACCCGCCUCCAAACAGAGAACGCCCAGCUCUCCGCCUCCGUCGAGCUCAGGCUCUCAGAGAUCGCCGACGCCCAGGCCGAGAAGCACCAGCUGCAUCUCAAGGCUAUUGGGAAGGAUGGGGAGAUUGAGAGACUGUCAAUGGAGUUGGCGGAGCUUCAGAAGUCGAAAAGGCAGCUCCUGGCGUUGGUAGAACAGAAGGACGCAGAGAUCAGAGAGAGAAAUGCUACCAUUCAGAGCUACCUUGAUAAAAUUGUUAAUUUGACAGAGAGCAACAGUUCAAAAGAGGCUAGAGUGCAUGAAACUGAGGCAGAGCUUGGGCGUUGUCGUGCUGCAUGUAGCUGCCUUACUCAGGAGAAAGAACUGCUUGAGAAACAUAAUGCUUGGCUUAAUGAGGAGUUAACUGCCAAAGUUAACAGUCUUGUUGAAUUGCGUAGAACACAUAUGGAUGUUGAAGCAGAACUGUCUUCAAAACUUUCGGAUCAUGAGAGACAUCUUAGUGAAGCUUCAAAUUCUCUAAAAUGGAGUAAGGAACGGGUGCAUGAACUGGAACUUAGAGUAAACUCCCUUGAAGAGGAGUUGCGGACAACCAAGGAAGCUGCUGCUUCUAAUGAAGAGCGAUUUACUGCCGAACUGUCAACAGUGACUAAGCUUGUUGAACUUUACAAAACAAGCUCAGAGGAAUGGUCCAAAAAAGCAGCAGAACUUGAGGGUGUCAUUAAAGCUCUGGAGACACAUUUGAGCCAAACUGAAAAUGAUUACAAGGAAAAACUUGAAAAGGAAGCAUCGGUUAGGAAAGAUGUGGAGAAGGAGGCUGAUGUUUUGAGAGAGAAGCUUGAAAAGUGUGAAGCUGAAAUUGAAAACACAAGGAAGGCCAGUGAAUCGAGCUUUCUACCACUCUCUAGUUUCCAUGCUGACUUUAAUGCAGAGAAUUUAUCUAUUAUGGGAUCUGAUGGUGCUGUCACAAAUGAGAUUGGUCACAUGAUUGUCCCUAGGGUACCAAUAGGUAUAUCUGGGACAGCAUUGGCAGCUUCUCUUCUUCGAGAUGGUUGGAGUCUUGCAAAGAUGUAUGAGAAAUAUCAAGAAGCUAAUGAUGCUUUUCUGCAUGAGAGAGAGGAAAGAAAAAAUGCAGAACGGACUUUGAACAAGGUUUUUCAUGAAAUAGAGGAGAAGGUCGGGAUGAUUUUGGAUGAACGAGCGGAACACGAGAGAAUGGUUGAAGCGUACACUUUGAUGAAUCAAAAGUUACAGGAUGCACUUUUGGAUCAUGAUAAUCUUGAGAACACAAUUAGGCAACUGAAGGCUGAAUUGAAGACGCGUCAGCGAGACUAUACUAUUGCAGAAAAAGAGUUGGAGGAUCUGCAGAAGCAGAUAACUGUCCUCCUAAAGGAAUGUCAAGAUGUUCAACUGCGUUGUGGAGGGAGUACUCAGAUGUCUUCUGUUGAUCCUCAUAGAGAAAGUCCAGCUGAUAUUUUUGAUGCUACUGAUGCUGAGAGAAUUGUUUCCGAGAACCUUUUGACCUUUAAGGAUAUAAAUGGAUUAGUUGAACAAAAUGUUCAACUUCGAAGACUUGUGCACAGUUUCUCAAUCCAAGAAGAAAAAAGAAAUGCUGAGAUAAGGGAGGAUUUCCAACUUCAACUGCAAAAGGUUACUGACGAGGCAGCAGCUAAAGUUGAAGCCGUGUUGAAAAGGUCUGAGGAACAAGCAUGCAUGAUAGAGUCUCUUCAUAGUUCUGUUGCAAUGUACAAGAGAUUAUAUGAGGAAGAAAGAAAAAUCCGUGUUUCUAGUGACAUUUCCACUUCAGUGGUUUCUGAAGACGGCAAAAAAGAUUUUAUGGUUCUCUUUGAAGGUUCUCAGGAAGUUUCAAAGAAAUCCCAUGAGCAGCUUUCUGAACGUGCUAAAAAUCUUGAACAAGAGCUGGCAACACUGAGGGGUGAGCUUUUGUCAUUGCGAUCAGAGCGAGAUAAGAUGUCGCUGGAGGCAAAUUUUGCUAGCGCACGACUAGAUAGUUUCAUGAAGGAAUUUGAUCAUCAGAGACAGGAAGCUAAUGCAGUUUCAGCCAGAAAUGUGGAGUUGACACAUUUGAUAGUAGACUAUCAAAGGAGGCUUCGCGCGUCUUCUGAUUCUUUACAAGCGUCUGAAGAGAACUCACGAAAACUGUCCAUGGAGGUUUCUAUUUUGAAGCACGAGAAAGAAAUUUUAAUGAAUUCAGAGAAAAGAGCUUCUGAUGAAGUUCGCAGUUUGUCUGAGAGAAUAUAUCGCCUUCAAUCAAGCCUAGAUGCAAUUCAAAGUGUUGAGGAGAUCCAUGAGAAUACAAGAUCUACGGAAAGUCGAAAACAUGAAGAGCAUCUUAAACGAGUUGAAAUGGAAUGGGCAGAAGCUAAAAAAGAACUUCAAGAAGAGAGAGAUCGUGUUCGUUCUCUGACCCUUGAGAAGGAAAAGGCUGUAGAGAAUUCUGUGAAGCAUUUGGAAGAAAUGAGAAAGGAAUUAGCUGAUGCUUGGCGUGCUGUUGCAUCUGCUGAAUCAAGGGCUGCAGUGGCUGAGGCUCGAUGCUCAGAACUUGGUGCCAAAAUUAGCCUUACUGAGAUGCAAAAGGUAACUAGGAAGGAUGGUGGAGAUGAGCAUUCAGCACUCCCUGCAAAUGAGGUCAAUGGAGAGCUGUGGAAAACAAAAGACGAGUUGGAGAAAUUGAAACAGGAAGCACGAGCAAACAAGGAAUACAUGUUACAGUACAAAGAAAUAGCACGGACAAAUGAAACUGCAUUGAAGCAAAUAGAGUCAGCACACGAAGAGUACAAGCUAGAGGCACAAAAGCUGAAGAAGGCAUUAGAAGAUGAAAUUCAAUCCCUUAGGAUCAAGGUUCAUGAUCUGGAAAGCAGCUACAAAUUGAAGUCUGAGGAAUCUGCUUUGGCUAUUGAAAGUAAAGAACAAGCACUUUCUUUGGCAAUGACUGAGACUUUAAGCCUGAGGCAAGAGAUUCAAGAAAAAUCAUCACAGAUAGAGAUGCUGGAAAUUCAAGUAUCUUCUUUGAAAGAGGAUGUGGUUAAGGAGCAGAAACGAUGGCGGACUGCACAAGACAAUUAUGAGAGACAGAUCAUUCUUCAAUCUGAGACAAUCCAAGAGUUGACAAGUACAUCUAAGGAGCUAUCCACAUUGCAGUCUGAAAUAACAAAAUUAAAGAAACUUUCAGAAGCACAAAAAACUGAAAAUGAUCUUUUAAAAAAAUCAUGGGAAAAUGAAAAAGUGGAGCUGCAACAACUAAAAAGUGAAGCAGAAAGGAAGUAUUACGAAGUAAAUGAACAGAACAAAUUACUGCAUAACAGAUUGGAAGCUUUGCACACUAAAUUGGUGGAUAAGGAACAUUCUUCUUCUGGGGUAUCAUCCCGGAAUACAGAUUCAAAAACAGAUAAUGACUUGCAAAAUGUGAUCAGCUAUCUUCGACGAUCAAAAGAAAUUGCUGAAACUGAGAUAUCCUUAUUAAAGCAAGAGAAGUUGAGGCUUCAGUCACAACUUGAGGUUGCUUUGAAGGCCUCUGAAAAUGCUCAAACAUUACUUCGUUCACAACAUGAGAACACUCGAGAACAACUCUUUAAAGAUGAGGACUUCAAAGCUCUUCAGCUUCAGGUAAGAGAAAUCAAUUUGUUGCGUGAAAGCAAUGUGCAACUUCGGGCAGAAAACAAGCACAAUUUUGAGGAAUCCCAGAAAUUUCGCGAAGCAGCUCAGAUGGCCAAAAUGGAAGCUGAAAAUUUUGUAAACCUUCUGCGCACAAAAGAACUUGAGUUGGAUGCUUGUCGGAAGGAGAUUGAGAUGCUUAAGCUGGAGAAUGGUCAUCUCAAUAAUAGAAUCACAGAGUUGCAUGAAAGUACUAAAAAUGUCGACCUUGUGGAGUAUGAGCGGAUGAAGGAUGAGCAUCAACAAAUUAAGGUAAUUCUGCGUGAGAGAGAAUUGGAGGUUGAGCUCACAAGAACUGCUAUUUUAGAGAAGCAAGACGCUAUAUCAAGAUUGGAGCAAGUAAUUGACAAAAGUCAAUCAGAUUUAGCUGAACAAGACAAAAAGUUUAAGGAUUCGCUUCAAGCUGAGGUAAACACGAAACAGGAAAAUGAGAAGCAGAAGAAGGCUAUCUCUGUCUUGAAGAAGAAAAAUGAGACACUGACAAGAGAGAAGGAAGAACUUCACUUUAAAAACCAAGCCCUUCUGAAACAAUUAGAAGAUUCUAAAUCAAGUAGGAAAAUCAUAGGCGAGAGUUCAAGUGAACAGGCCAAAAAGGAUCAAGAAAAGGACACCAGAAUUCAGAUUUUAGAGAAAACUCUAGAAAGGCAGAAGGAAGAUUUGAAGAAAGAGAGGGAUGAUAAUAAGUUGAAGCAGAAAAAGUCCAGGAUCACUGUGAUGGACCUUCUUCAGAAAGUUAAAGUGGACAAGACCAAAAUGGAAGAGGAACUUGCAAAGCACAAACAUGCCAUUGCCUUGAUAUUAGAGCGGUCUGGAAUGACUGCUUCCCAACUUCCUCCUGAUAGCAACUUGGAUGAACAAACACUUGCAUACUUCCAGUCCACUGGAAAGUUCGAGGACUUUGUGAAUUCCGUCAUGAAUGAAGGUGAUGAUGGUCCACAGCCUUCUAGUACAGAGUCGCCGAGUGUGGACAUGACGGCUCCUUCAGGCCAGCAGGUUGGCAGUCAUCUGGUUAGACCAUCUGCACCUCAAGCUAAAGCAACUGAGCCCACCGUUCCCAGACCAAGUAUUGAAGGUCGGAAAACUGGGGGCAUGAGGAGGAUCAUACGGCCUCGAAUUGACCCUCGACCUGAACGGCCUGUUGAGCCCUCGGUUGAUGCUGAGACUUCUGUAACAGAGCCUCCCACUGUAAUGGAAGAAGGCAGACCUAGUGUAUCCCAGGAAGUAGAACUCCCCUCUGACUCUUCUUUGCAACAGGCACCUUCAGUUCGAAAACGUUCUGCAUCAUCUUCUCUGUUAGAGCUGAGAGAAGACUCUGUUGCUCAAGACGAGGCCUGUGCUGAUGUUGUUCCUUCACUUAAAAAGUCUAAACAUGUUGAAGCUGUUGAGGGUUCUUCCGAUGUGUCAUCUGUCCGUCCAUCUGCAGAAACUCACGAUAUAGUACAACAGCCUACGGCUCAACCUGCUGAUAUUUCCGAAUCCCAACCUGUGCCUGCUUCAGAUGCAGAAACUGAACAAGCUCCAACUUUGGCAAAUGAUGAGAUCAUUGAUGAAGUAAAGAAUGAGGAUGAUAUACUUGAUAUCAAAGAAGAAAUUGAUGAACAACAGAAAGAUCCUCUAGUAGGUACAAACCAAGAAGACGAGGUUCCUUAUGAAGGUGAUGCAGUAAUGGAUGAGUUAUCAGAUAGGCCAAACAUAACGACGGAAUUGACUGAUGAACCUCAGAAAGGUGAAGAAGUGAAAGAUCAAUCUGCAGUUGAAAGCGAGGAUGAGAGGGAGGAGGGGGAAAUGAUGCCUGAUGAUGCAGAACUGCAAGAAGAUACUGUUUCUGGAGAUACUGUUGUGGGGGAUGGAGCUGAGAUUGGUGACGAAGGUGGUGAUGCCACCGAGGUUGCUUCUCCUGAGGCUGUAGCUGAGAGAAAUGAUGAGGUUGAUGCAACAGAAGACGACACUGAAUCCUCUGAUAAGCACAAUGUCAACAACAAUGAUCAGGGAGCUCCUGAUUCUUCGCAAAGUCCUCAAAAACCCACAGUUCUCAACAGUAGUGAUCAGUCCGCUCCUCAAAGCCCUCAAAGAUCUGUGGCUGUUCGAGAAGGAUCACCAGCUUCUGUUCCUCAAUCCUCGGUUUCAGAACGACGGAGCCCUAGUCCGAAUCGUAGCGUGGUUCCAACUGAGACGGACGAACAUGCACAAACCCGCAGUGGUGGGAGAACAAUAAGCAUAACAGAGAGGGCCAGAGAGAAUGCCAGAUUAAGGCAACAACAGGCAAGGAUGAAUACUCCAACCCCACCCAGAGGCCGGGGCAGAACUGCUGGUAGCAAUAGGGCCAGGGGUACACGUGGUAGGGGCGGACGAGGGCCAGCGUAGCCAUGACAGAAUAUUCAGCUAAAAAGAAAGUAGUGAGGGUAUUUUUGAUGCUUAUGCUUACCCUUUACCUGAUUUUUGUAAAACAAUAGCAAUACUAUGUUAAAGUGAUGCCUCUCAUUUUGUUGUGAGGAGCUACCUGGAGUACAAGCCGUUAGGUUUAAAUUGUGAUUUUGAGAUGCAACAAGCCAUGUGAGCCGAUGUGUUGCAGUUUAUUUUUCCCUUUUGCAGUUGUCUUUUAGAAACGUAUACUAGUACGCACAUUGUUUGCCCCCGCUCGUUCCAAAAUAUUCA